AUGCUAUCGGAAGAUCUUUCUCUUCUGCUGAACUCAGACAUUUCUUCGCUAUGCUUAAAUAGUGAUAGCUUACGGCAAUCUUGCGUGACCAUUGUUCGAGAAUACAUUAAGCGAUUUCUCGACGGUAAAACAGCACAGAAGAGUUGUCGAAUAAGUGCGAGUGGAGGUCUUUUACGAUAUUUGUUCGAGGCAAAUUAUCGUUUAAAUUUCGUUCAAUUUCUGCAGGGAAUUGGCGGUCGAGGUGAAACACGUCUCGAGAAUGGGUCGCGGAAAGUCUAUUUAUAUGACGGAUUGGAAGAAACACCAAUACAUUGCUUUAUUGACGCCAUAGAUGAUUGUACA